AUGAUCUAUAGAGAAGCUAUUCAGCUGAGCAACCAAGUUGCUUCCUUGUUGGAAAGCAAACGGUUCUACCAAGCCAUUCUUGUUGCAUGCACUGCAAUGGAGGUAUUCCAAAAGCAAACGCCCACUGCAGAAAAAGCAUCUCUGAGUGGCCAUGACUUCAUUGAUCCAUGCAUGGCUUUUUGUUGCAAUCGUGAUUGCGCUUCCGACAGCCGUAGCACCAUGGACGAGGAGUACACUUAUGAACAUGGCAUCAUAUUGCCGUUAAACACAAUAGAUUGGACUGCCAUCACCGCUGUCUUGAUCUUCAACUGCGCCCUCACCCAUCACUUGGCAGCAGGACAUUGCUAUGACCAUGUCACUUCUCAGCACUUCCUCAAGAAAUCACUAAGGCUUUAUACGCUUGCCUAUAAUGAACAAGAUCGUCAAGACCAGAACAUUAUGUUCCAGGCAGCGAUUGUCAACAAUGUUGGACUAAUCCACAAGAGGCUUGGUAGCCAGGAGGAGGCACAGGCGUGCUUUGACUUUUUGACGACCAUGAUUGUAAUGAUGAGAGUCUCCUCCACCGAAGGUGAUUCUUGUUUGGGCGAAGACAAAUAUCGCCAACACGUCCAGGACUUUUGGAAAAACAUUUUGGGAAACAAACGAUCAGUAGCUCCUGCCGCGUAG